UGCAGACUGAAUGACAUAUGAUGAUACGAAGAAUGAUUCAACCAAUGAAAUGCCAAGUAAACUACAGAAAGAGGAACUUGAAGCACUAUUACUUCCAACUAUCAUGAGGUUCUAAAUGAAUAUUUCCAAUACAGUUGUUGCUGCUUCCUGCUUCAUGCUGGCACACAAUUUCCUUAACCAUCCAGCUCGUGCCAGUAGCUUUGAUAAAAGUAAAACAAUGUACAAAAACUACAGGAAGAAAUCAAAGCAAAUAUUGCAUUAGGGGAAUAAGUCCAAGUCUUCCCCACAUAUGAAUAUUUUUAAAUUGAUCCUAUUCUCUCCUCCCAGGUGGCUCUCCACUGUCCCAAUUCUUUCAACCCUUCCUCCAGUGUUGUCACCCCAAUACCUGCAAAAACUGCCCAAACCUUUUUCCCCAUCUCCAGUCUCCUCCCCUCGUUUUAAAGACCCUUCAUCCUUCAAUUGCAAAAUAUACAGCCACGAGGUCUCAACUCUUCAUUAAUAUAAAUAUAAACUGUGCUGGAAGAAUGGUAGAGGAGAAUCUUGAAGUGCGUGACUCGUCUUUGUCUUCACCAAAAUCUGUGCAAAAUUCGUUAGAGCCUAAGCCAACUGAAGACACCAAUAAAGAUGAUAACAGUGACCUUGAGAAAGCAGCAUGUGACAAUUUUGAGACACCAAUGCACCAAGAGCUUCCUGCAAGCUUGAUAUUGUUAGAAAAAAGCAAUCUGCAAGAAAUUUUGGUUGAACAAACGGCUCCCAUUGGUGAUUCCAUAACUGGUUCAUCAGAAGUAGACAACAGUGGAUUGCCAUCAACCAAAGAAGACUCUCAUAGUUUUCCAUCUGCUUCUGACGAAGUUGUUGAAUCAAAGGAAGCCAUCAAUGACUUGAUGACAAUGCAAUCUUCAGAAGAAAACACACAUGCAACGUCACAAAUUUCAGUUGGCUCAGUAGAAGAGGUCGAAUUUGCAGCCUUGCAUAACGUUCAAGAUGGUGCUUCCUGUUCUGAUUCUGAGAAGACUGCUUGUGAGGCGCCACCUGCUAUCGUACAAAAGGUGAAAGAAGAUAAACCACGGUUCAUGCAUAGAUUUCCUGAUCGCCAAAUGAGCCUACGAGACACUAGACAGAAAAUGCCUGCACCUGUUAGGAGAUUGAACAGUGGGAAUUAUUCGAGGACUGAUAAUUUUUGUGUCGAUACAACGAAGCCCAUUGAGUCAGUGAAAGUGGCUGCCUCAAGAUUUGGUGGUAGCAUCAACUGGAAAACGCGCAAAACAGAAGCAGUGCAGGUGGGUGACCAUGUCAAACUCGGUGUCAGUCUGCUGAAGAACGAAAUUUCAGAUUGCAAACAGCAAGCAGAAGCUGCAGAGGCUGCAAAGCUGUCUGUAUUCAAUGAGAUUGAGAGAACAAAUAAGCUUAUUGAAGACCUGAAACAUGACCUGGAGAGGGCAGAACAUGAAGAGGCACAUGCCAAGGAGGAUUUGGAUUUCUUCCAAUUUAUUGUAACAGAGAUGGAGGAAGGAGGAGCUAGCGAUGAUAGUGUUGCAGGCGAGGAGAUUUUGAAAAAUAUCCAAGAACGGCACAAAGUACUGGUGUCCAAACUGAAUUUGGUCAAUGAUGAGUUAAAAGGGGUUCAGGAAGAUUGUGAUUCUUUAUUGAUUGAACAGGACAUUUCCAUUGAAAAAUCUCAGGUAGCCAUCUUAGCAUCCAAAGAGUCUGAGAAGCAAGCAGAGGAGCUCACUGUAGAACUCAACAAACUGAAGGAAGUGUUGGAUUUGGCUCGGGCCACGUGCCAUGAUGCUGAAGAGCACAAGGCUUGUGCGUCCUUAGCUCGAGAUGAGGACCGUCUUAAAUGGGAGAAGGAUCUAGGGCAGGCAGACGAGGAGCUGAGUCAACUCAACAAGAAGCUUUCCUCUGUUGAAGAUCUGAAAUCAGAGCUCGAAACAUCAUCCAGCUUGCUGGUGAAGCGCAAAGAAGAGCUGAAUGCAUAUGUGGAGGCAAAGCUAAUUAAAGAAGCACAAGAACAGGGAAACACAACUGAUGAGACCAUGCAAGAAGAAACCAUUCUAUCAAGAAAUGAGCUUGAGGAGCAGAAGAAGAGCAUUGAUAAGGCGAGAGCUGAAGUCUGUGCCCUGAAAGUUGCUGCUGCAUCACUUCAGUCAGAGUUGAGCGAAGAAAAAGAAGCACUUGCCACCAUGCCGCAGCUGGAAGCAAUGUCAUGGAUCGCCAUUACUUCUCUCAAGGCGGAUAUUAAGCUGUCACAACAGGAACUGGAGAUAGUUCAGGCCAAGGAGAAGAAAUCCCGUGAUAGAAUGAGCGAGUUGCCUGGGCUUCUGCAAGCUGCAGCCCAAGAAGCUGAUGAGGCAAAAUCUCUUGCUAUGAAGGCACAGGAGAUGCUAAGAAGGAGCAAGGGGGAAAUGGAGCAAGCGAAGGCUGAUCUGAGUGCUAUGGAAUUCAGGCUCCAAGCGGUCCUGAAGGAGACGGAAGCAGCGAAAGAGUCUGAGAGGCUGUCGCUCGAUGCUCUCAGAGCGCUGGAGAGUGAUCUUGCAGUAAGCAUUGCUGAACAAGGCUCUCCGGGAAUGAUCACACUCGACUUUGAUGAGCACGCGUCUCUCAUCGAGAAGUCCCAUCAGGCAGAAGAGCUUGUGCACGAGAAGAUAUCUUCUGCAAUCGCGCAGGUUGAGAUGGCCAAGGAGUCCGAGUCUCUCAUCUUAUCAGAACUCAGCCAAGUUUACAAGGUGCUGGAAGAACGAAAGCAAGCAUUGUUUGCUGCCCAAAAGCAGGCCGAUAGUGCCACCGAAGGCAAGCUGGCCAUGGAACAGGAGCUGAGGACAUGGAGGGAGGAGCAUGGGCAGCGUCGUAAAGCUACCGUUGAGGCCUUGAAAUCUGAAACCAAACAUUCAAACCCGGUGGCGAUCGUCGUUGAGCGCGAUCGGGACACCAAGGGCACAGGCAAAGAAGACAGCUGUGCCUUGGUUCAUCCACUGUCCGAUAUGUCAGCCAGGAGCAGCCCUGCCGGCCCAGGUUUGCGCGAGAAGGCGAAGAAGGCAAAGAAGCCGCCGUUCCUCCGCCGCAUGAUGAUGUUCCUGGCCAGGAGGAGGCUCAAAGCAGCGGCGUAACGCAGUGUGCUUUCUUUCUGGCGGAUGUGUUAGAACUAUCUCCCUACAACAACAACAAAAAGCAAGUGUUAGAAGUGUCAGAUGUGUGUUCAUUCUGUUCUGCGAUAAGCCAAGUCCUUUUGUUUACUCAACUGAGAAGUCUCAUGUAUCUAUGGAGAAAACGCGAACUUGUAAAUUUGCAAAGGUGUAGAAAGAAGCUUGUAAAUUUGUAAAUGUUUUGAAUGCUACCGUGCCGCGUGCCUGUAACUUUUGGCUGGCUCCAGUGCUUGCUGAACUGGGCCUUGAGUUUGAUACAAAACUUUCGACGAA